AUGCUAGCUCCUCCUGUCAAUCUUCCCAAAUGCCACUAUGAGCCCAGGCUUGAAGAGAACUCUCACCUUCUGCAGCCACCUAUCAACAACUACUGUGUCUACAAUGAAGAUUUUACUGUCAUGAUCGUUGGUGGCCCAAAUGCCCGCACAGACUACCACAUCAACCAAACCCCCGAAUGGUUCUACCAAUACAAGGGCGCCAUGAUGCUCAAGGUCGUUGACGAUGGAAACUUCCGCGACAUCAUCAUCCGCGAAGGAGACAUGUUUCUCCUCCCUGGUAACACGCCGCACAACCCUGUCCGCUUCGCAAAUACAGUUGGAGUUGUCCUCGAGCAACGCCGCCCUAAGGACUCGCUCGACCGUAUGCGCUGGUACUGCGGCAGCUGCAGUGAGGUCGUUCAUGAGGCUGCUUUCCAUUGCACCGAUCUAGGUACCCAGAUCAAGGCGGCUGUGGAGGACUUUAAGAGCAACGAGGACAAAAGGACUUGCUCCAAGUGUGGCACUUUGGCUGAUGUGGCGCCGAAGCCGGGGAGCAUCCAGGACCCCAACCUGGAGUAA